AAAAAAAAAAAUCAAACAAAAAACCCACCACUGUCUCAGUGACCGUUAAAUUUACAGGCAAUCGACAACACUUCUUGUAUUCAAAAACCAUCCAGACAACAUAAACAUACCUAUAGUACCAAAACUACCCUUCACACACACACAUACAAACAUUUCUAAUAUAAAAUAAAGCUUUCACCUUUCCUACCACUCACACAUACACUCUAGAAAUGACACCAAUACCAAUUUCACUCUUGAACACUGUUGGAAUGUGUUUACUCUCAUUUUUUUAUUUUACUUCUUCAUCCUUCGAUAAAUCUAUUGCUCUCUCUUGGAAAAAGAAAAAUAUACCGUUUUUACUCUCCUCACCACACACAAAAGGCAGCAGAACGCAAAACACACCGAAACCGAACGAAAAAAAAAAAUAAUCAAGCAAGCACAGAAAACUGAAAAACAGUUGAUUUUUGCAACUAAACUUAACCAACAGCAUAGUUUCCUGUCUCAGAACAUAACGGUCAGUGAGGGUGGAAAACUCGUCACCACCAUCGUUGUCGUGUGUCUGUCUUCUUUGCCUCGUCGAAACGGUGUUGUAUCGUCUCGGUGCUUAUUUAUUUAUUAUUAAAACGAUGGCUGUUUUCCACUAAACAAAAAAAAAAUAUAUUUACUUUCUUUUCUUGCUUUUUUUAUCUUAUCUAUUCUCGACUUGAACAACCAAAAAUAAGAAAAGAAAACAUAAAUAAUGUCCUUGCCACGAAAAUCAAAAAAGGAUAACAAAAUCCAUUCUAAUCAAAACCAAUCUGAACGAAUUUGAUUUUGAUUAAAUUACACAAAAGUUAAAUUAUUAUAUUCUUCGAGGAUAUUAUAUUUCUGCAAUUUCCUUCGCAAUAGAAUUAUUAUAUCGUUGUCGUGUCCUUACAAAAACUCACUCUCACACACUUAUAAAACAUAUUUAAACACACAUACGAAAGAGGUUGCUGCUUUUUUGCUUGUUCUUCCUCUUUAACUGUCAUUUUCUUCACAACUCUCCAACUCGAAUGAUAGUUGUAGUUAUAUACGGUAAAGGUUUGUGUUCGUUUCGUCCUUCCUCGGUGGAGGAGAUCCUGCUGGUUUGACGAUGAUGAUGAUGAUGACGAUGAUGAGCGCGAAGUGGGUGUAGUUUUCUAUUUUAUCCUUAAUUUUUUUGACAACAACAAAAUAGUAAAACCAAACGAAAAACGGGAUGUGAAUGACGUCAUUGAAAGUAUAACACUAUAUCACGUCACCAUUUACCCCUGAACAAAAAAGGAUAUCAAUAUUUUAAAUUCAGUGAAGUGUAGAAUUAUUCCUAUAUUUCAAUUGAAAGCGAGAAAAAAAAAAUGCAUAAAUAUAAAUCGCGGCGAAUUGGAUUUAAAUAAAAAGCCAAAAGGACUAUUCUCGGUCGGGUAAAAAUCCAUCAAAAUCCAGUGAAUAGUGUGUAGUUGUGUGUUUGCCGCGGCACAAAUUAAUUUUUAAUCACUGUAGAAAUACUCCACCAUACACACACCCAUAUCUCUAUCUAUCUCUGCCUGACACACACACACAUAAAACACACAUACAUUCUCAUAUACACUCAAGUGCAUCAGCAGGAUAAAAUUUAUUCCAUGUGAAUCUCUGUGAAACAAUCCUUUAAUCUUUUUUAUUUUGAUUGUGGGAGAUAAAAAGCAAACAAAAAAAAAAAAAAAGGAUACAAAAAAAAAUGGCAAAGAAAUAAUUAAAAAUCUUGUGAGAGAAAGAGAAAUGAAUUCGUCAUAAAUAAUAAAUGAAUUUUUGUGUUGUCCUCCGUGUCCUGUCUUACGGUAAUUGAAAUGUCAAGUGGAAUAAUAUCUUUAUUUUGAAGAAAUAUUCAAAAUCAAACAAGGAUAUUGUUUUUUUGAAAAAUCAAAAAAAAAAAUAAUAAAUCAAGUGAAAUGAAGAAAUAAAAAAAAAAAAAAAUAUUGUGUGUAAACAAAUUAUACUAAGUGCUGUUGAAGGACAUCCGCCGUUAUUCACCACCCAUCUUUUCUCGUAUUUCUUCAUACAACAAGGAUGCCUCACGAAUAAAAUUUAUAAAAAUUUUUGAUGAUAAAAAGGAUAACAGUGAUUUUUUUUGUUUUUGUUGUUGUUGGUUUGAAUGCAGAUGUACACUACUGUUACAUAACUCUUUUUCUUGGAUAACGAAAAAUACCCGAUAAAACUGCAUGAAAAUAACUUUAAAGUGCGUUAUUCUAAAAUUUAAACAAAAAAAAAAAUUACAAAAAAAUUGAAAACAUCCUUGCUUAAUCAGUAAAAAUGACAUUCUUGAAUAAUAAACUUUUCUAUAAAAACAAUUUCGAAAAAAUCAAAAAUUUUAACAAGUGAAAAAGAAAACUUUUAAGAAAAAACCUAAAAAACUAAAACUUUUCUAACUAUGUUCAUUUCGAAUGGCAAGGUUAACAUAAAACAAUGUCCGAUUCUGAUGUUCGUACAAAUUCUUGCAUAGAACUUUCGGAAAUCCGCAAGCUUGACAAUCUUCUAACACAAUGUGAAACGAGUAGCUGUGAAAAUAUAUGCAUGGACUGCUGCGAGAGUCUAGGCAAUUCCCGCAGUGAAGUCGAUUAUGCCGGGACACCAGCAGUUGGAGGUGCAGUAGCAGGAACAGGAACAGGAAUUCAACAACAACAACAAGGAAAUUUAAUUCCAGCCACCAGUACCACAUUGACCAGCACAACCACAGCUGCCAGCACCAGUAUCGCAGCUCUCUCCAAGCCUGCACCAUAUUCCUCAACGUCUGCCAAACUGCCACCAACUCUCGCACAAACUCGCGAAUCAUCUGCAACUCAGCUACUCUCCCUCGUAUCCAAACUCAAUCGCAGCAUUGAUCGCAAUACCUCUGCUUCGGAUGUUGUCAUGGAAGCAAAUUUCCUGGUACAAGGCACUGUAUCAGGCGGAGGUGCCGGCGGAAAGCAUCACGAUGGAGUAAGUUGCAAUCAUAAACAUCACAAAAACACAAAGCCAACCAAGAAGAGCACUAGUCUCGAUGGCAGCGAAAAUGACCUCUCCGAGGCGUUAUCAUCGAAAAAGAAGGACCUCGAAAGUUCAAAACGCUAUUACAGUCUUGACAAGGAACGCCAAGAUCGUGAUAAGGACGAUGUCUUUGUGGGAAAAAAACAUUGUUCCUUCGAUCGAUCGGUCCUUAUCAAUGAGCAUGACGAAUUCAAAGGAGCUACAGAAGCCCAACACCAAAAGAUGCGAAGACUGUCAGUUCGCAAUGAGUCCGUUUGCAUUUGUGACAAUUGUGAAAAGGGAAAUGUCAUAUGUGUUAAAUCGACCACUGGCGGGGGUGGCCUUUUCUCUCGCAAAUCCAGAGAUAGCACUGCUGGAAUCGGACGGACAAAUGUGGGAAUGAAAAAAGUCAAGUCGAGUGAUACCACCUUAAAGGACCAUGAGUCGGAUCAUGACUCGACGCAUGGCAGUCUUCGAUCAAAAUUUUCACCGCAAAUAUUCGGGCGCAAGAUAUCAACACGAAGCCAUAUGCAUCACGGCGAUAGUGAUCAUGAUCCAGAAACGGCUGAUAAGGAGGCCUUGCUUGGCCACAAGCUCGAUAUUAAACUGCCAGAGCCUGUGGAAACUGUAUUAUCGCUUGGUGCUGAUGUCCUGCCAGAAUACAAAAUGCAAAGUCCUAGUGUACAUAAAUGGACAAUACUCCAUUAUUCACCAUUUAAAGCGGUGUGGGAUUGGGUAAUACUUAUAUUAGUUAUGUAUACAGCAAUUUUUACACCAUAUGUAGCAGCUUUUUUACUCGGCGAACCUGAUUAUCAGCGACGUACUAAUAAGUAUAUUAAUAACGAUCCAAUUGUGAUAGUAGAUUUAAUUGUGGAUGUAACAUUUGUGAUAGAUAUAUUAAUAAAUUUUCGCACAACAUUCGUAAAUGGCCAGGACGAAGUUGUAUCACAUCCUGGACGGAUAGCGGUUAACUAUUUAAGUGGAUGGUUUCUAAUCGAUUUGGUAGCCGCGAUACCCUUUGAUUUAUUAUUAGUUGGUAGCGAUACUGAUGAGCUUGGCUUGGACAACGAAGAGACUACAACACUGAUUGGACUCCUUAAAACCGCCCGCUUGCUGCGCCUGGUGAGGGUUGCAAGAAAAAUCGAUCGAUAUUCGGAAUAUGGGGCAGCGGUCCUUGUGCUACUCAUGGCAACGUUUGCCCUUAUUGCCCAUUGGUUGGCGUGCAUCUGGUAUGCAAUAGGAAAUGCGGAGAGAAGUAUGCUGCCAAAUAAUGUUGGCUGGCUGCAUUCAUUAGGAAAUGAUAUACAGGAGCCGUAUUAUGAUAACAAAACAGGAGGUCCUUCGAUAAAGUCACGCUAUAUUACCGCACUUUAUUUUACAUUCACGUCGUUAACAUCGGUGGGGUUUGGAAAUGUAGCACCCAAUACAGAUGCGGAAAAAAUUUUCACAAUAUGUGUAAUGUUAGUGGGAUCCCUCAUGUACGCCAGCAUAUUCGGUAAUGUAUCGGCGAUCAUCCAAAGGCUCUACUCUGGUACCGCCAGGUAUCAUACCCAAAUGCUACGCGUACGAGAAUUCAUUCGAUUUCAUCAGAUACCAAAUCCAUUAAGACAACGUUUAGAAGAAUAUUUUCAACACGCCUGGACGUAUACCAAUGGAAUCGAUAUGAAUUCUGUAUUGAAAGGAUUUCCUGAAUGCUUGCAAGCUGACAUUUGUCUGCAUUUGAAUCGUAACUUGCUGACAAGUUGUCCAGCUUUCGAAGGAGCCAGUCCUGGUUGUUUGAGAGCUUUGUCACUUAAGUUCAAAACAACGCACGCACCUCCCGGCGAUACACUAGUUCAUAAGGGCGAUGUCCUAACAUCAUUGUAUUUUAUAGCACGUGGAUCUAUAGAAAUCCUUCGAGACGAUGUAGUUAUGGUUAUUUUAGGAAAAGACGAUAUUUUUGGUGAAAAUCCAUGUAUAUACUCAACAAUUGGAAAAUCAAAUAGUAAUGUACGAGCGCUUACUUAUUGUGAUUUACAUAAAAUCCAUCGGGAGGAUAUGCUCGAUGUCCUUGAUCUCUAUCCGGAAUUUUAUGACAGUUUUGUAAAUAGUUUAGUGAUAACGUACAAUAUGAGAGAUGAAGAACAAGCUGGUGUAGAGGUUAAACAUAGAUACAUGCGAGCCACAUCACAUGAUAGAGACAGAAGUACUAGUGAUACUAGAUCAAUUAGGCUAACUGGAGUUCAUAACAGACCUUGCAAGGCUAAUAUUUGUGAUAAUCCCAACGAGCGGCUUUCGCCAGGCGUUCUCAGUGAUACCGACAAGGAUAUCACAAUAGGGAGUAAUGGUAAACCCCAUUAUCCGCGAACAGGACUGUACAUGAAACGCAAAAGUCAACAAUAUCAUCAAUACGAUCAGAGAACACUAAAAAAUGUCUUCAGCAUUCCAAAUGCAGCAACGUCACCAACGGAAAGUCAUCAAAACACGCACAGAACCCGAACCAGUAUCGUUGGCAACAUGGGUGGUGGUGUUGAGAAUGGUGGCAGCAACAUUGGAGGUGGAAGUGUUCCAGGUGUUGGCAAUGAAUCAUUCGAUCCCCUAUUAGGACAUCGACGCCGUCAUCAGCCUCAUUCGUCGAUACCAAUUGGAAUGAGCAUUCCCCUGGGUGAAAUAAUACCCGACGAACUGCAAGAAACUGAAACCAUCACGCUUUGUGCCACAUCGCAGAAUACCUGUUGUUGUGGCCAAAAGGAUCCACAACCUUGCAGCAGAGUGAAACUGCAUAUGCGAACUGAAAGUACUGGCAGUUCGGUAGUUGGUGGACAUGGUGCCGAACAAACAUCACAUUCAACAUGUCACCAUUGUAUGAAAACCGUAGAAAUCAGCUCAAUCAAAACACAAAUAGGUGAAUUAACUCAACGUAUCGACACACUAGAAACGAAUUUGCAUAAAGACAUUCGUACAAUUCUCGACAUACUGCAUCAACAGCAACAGAUGCAAUUGACGCUGCAUCAGCAACAAUUGCAACAUCAAUUAGAACAGCAACAACAAUUGCAACAUCAACAGCAAUUGUUAGCUAGUAAGCAACAGAUCACAACAACAUCCUAUCAGCCGUCCGAAAGUGAUUUCUCAUUUGAUUUAUGUGCAGCAAUCACAACUGAUAAACCUCAACAAACGACAUCAACUCAACUUCAAUUACAACAACAACUACAACUGCAGCAACAACAACAACAACAACAGCAACAGCCAUUGCAACAUCAGCUACAGCCACAUCCAUCGCCACAUUUGCAACAGCCAUCAUCAUCAUCAAUCACAGCCUCAUUACAACAACAACGAACCAAUGUGCAGAGAUCUGUUUCGCAGCCCGAGUGUACGGCGGCGACCGGUGGAACUGACAAAAGUUUGUUCAGGUGCUCAAAAUAUUCAUCGUUCAACCAAACAAUGGAUGAUACUGAAAAUUGGACAACAGUGUUUGCACCAAUUGCAAAAUUAGAAUCAUUAGACGAAAUAGAUCAAGUAUGAUCCAUGUGAUUACCAUAAAAACAAAAAUCAACCAGCAAACAGUUACAACCAACCAAAUAAGAAAAAAAAAUAUAAAAUUUAAAAAAAAAAAUACAAAAAAAAAUAUUACUCUUUCCAAGAGAAUAACCAAAAAAAAAAAAAAACUAAAAAAGAAAUAGAAAUUAUUUACUUGUAAAGCCAUAAGCUAGAUUUUUUUUAAUAAAAGUGAAUUUUUACUAAGAAAACAAAAAUUAAUAAAAAAAAAAUUGCAAAAUAUAAAACAAAAGAAAACUAAGCUGAUUUAUUAUUAAUCAAAAAGAAAACAAAAAAGUUCAAUAGUUUUGCGUACAUAAUUAAAACAAACAACAACAAAAAAGC